AUGGAUGCUAUCACACAGGUAUUGGAUAUCAUAUCCAAAAAAGGCACAAAAACGAUUUUGUACGAAAAACUGACUGACCAUCAAAUGCCAAGCCAGAAACACAGCUACGCUGCCCAACAACAACAACAACGACAACAAAAACAACAACGACAACGACAAGAGCAGCAGUCAACUGCUCUAUGGAACAGCAGCUCAGCAAGCCAAUUUUCCCCUGAGAUGUGGCCGUUUUGCUUGAUGCAUUUUUUAUUUCAGCUAACAGCAGCUACACUGUAUCUCGGUGAUUAG